GAAGCAGGCUGCUGCUCUUGCUGCUGCAUCCUCCUCCUCUCAGCCCUGUCAGCCAGCGGGGAAGAAGAAGGGGCUCUCUCUUCGUGGUGGAGGAGGCCCCCGAGGAGAGGAGGCCAUGAGACACAUGUGGGGCAACUAGGAAGGAAGGAAAGAAGGAAGGAAGGAGAGAAGGAAGGAAAGGAGGAGGAAGAGCAUGCUCUGCCCCCAGACAGGCUUUCUCCAGAAUCUGUAUCAGAACAGGUUCCUGGGCCUGGCUGCUAUGGCAUCUCCAUCUAGGAAUUCGCAGAAUCGGCGCCGGUGUAAAGAACCUCUGAGGUACAGCUACAACCCAGACCAGUUCCACAAUAUGGAUAUUGGGAAUGGCCCCCAUGAAACGGUUACUAUUCCACGUUCGACCAGUGAUACGGACUUGGUCACUUCAGACAGCCGAUCUACACUUAUGGUCAGCAGCUCCUAUUAUUCUAUAGGACAUUCGCAAGAUCUAGUUAUUUAUUGGGAUAUAAAAGAAGAAGUAGACGCAGGGGACUGGAUUGGCAUGUAUCUGAUUGAUGAAGUCUUGUCUGAAAAUUUCCUGGACUACAAGAAUCGUGGGGUGAAUGGAUCUCACCGAGGUCAAAUUAUCUGGAAGAUUGAUGCCAGCUCUUACUUUGUAGAGCCUGAAACAAAGAUCUGCUUCAAAUACUACCACGGAGUGAGCGGGGCACUGCGCGCUACCACCCCCAGUGUGACAGUGAAGAAUAAUGCAGCUCCUCAGAUUUUUAAAAGCAUCACCAAUGAAGAUUCGGUUCAAGGACAGGGAAGCAGAAGACUGAUAAGUUUCUCAUUGUCAGAUUUUCAAGCUUUUGGUCUUAAGAAGGGCAUGUUCUUCAAUCCAGACCCUUACCUGAAGAUUUCAAUCCAGCCUGGAAAGCAUAGCAUCUUCCCAGCUCUUCCACAUCAUGGACAGGAGAAGAGAUCCAAGAUCAUAUGUAACACUGUCAACCCCAUCUGGCAAGGAGAGCUGUUCAGUUUUGUUUCACUGCCCACUGAUGUCCUGGAAAUAGAGGUGAAGGACAAAUUUGCAAAGAGCCGGCCAAUCAUUAAGCGUUUCUUGGGGAAGCUUUCCAUGCCAGUGCAACGGCUGCUCGAAAGACAUGCCAUAGGAGACAGGGUUGUCAGCUACACUCUGGGACGUAGACUGCCAACAGACCAUGUCAGUGGCCAACUGCAGUUUCGAUUUGAGAUAACUUCUUCAAUCCAUCCAGCAGAUGAUGAAGAGGUUUCCCUCACUGCAGAUCCUGAGUCAGCUGAAUUCCAGGAAAGCCUCCUGAAUAUCUCAGCAGAGGAAAUCCUUGGUGAGCCUCCGUGCACCAGCACAGUGAGCUCAGAGAGUGCAGCUCCAGAGAAGCUAAAUGGAUGCCCAGUGAUCUGCAUCAAUGUUGAUAGUUCUGGUGCCGGGGAGCUCACCCUGAACAGCUUCUUAAAAGAAGAGCUAGCAGGAAAUGGGGAGGUGGAUGCAGUGCCAGCAGACACGGUUGAUCCCUUGGAAUCCAUCCCAGGGGAAAUGAUGCCUUCCCUGAGUGCUAUGGACCUCACUGAGCAACUGGCUCUGUUGGCAUGCACGCCCCCUGAAUCUGAAGUUAGGGAAAAUAAUAAAGUCAAUUCUGUUAUUCAGGGAGGCAAUGACAACAUCUUUACCAGCAUAGAAGCCCUAUCUAUUGAUGAGGUGAGUGGAGAUACACAAGCAGUCAAGGAUCUAGAGAAGAGUCAGGAUGAUGAAGGGGCUUCAGCCCAGGAGGAGGAGGAGCAGGAACAGGAGCAGGAGGUGGAGGAGGAGGACAGUCAUGAGAAGGAGAACAAGCUGCAACUAAGGACUAUGGUGAAAAGGAAGAACAGGCCUUGCUCUUUGCCUGUAUCAGAACUUGAGACUGUAAUAGCCUCUGCCUGUGGGGAGCCUGAAACUCCUCGGACACACUACAUAAGGAUACACAAUCUCUUGCACAGUUUGCCUUCAGCACAGAUGAGCAGUGAUGAUGGAGAAGGGGAGGAGGAACAAGGCAGUGUGAUAGAGAAUGAUGAAGAGCUGACAGUCAGGGAAGGUUCAGAGAAGGACAUGGUCAGUGAGGCUGAAACAGUAUUGGCGGAACUUCCCCACGAAAGUAGAGCAGAAGAGAACUUUGUCCGUGGAACAGUGCCUCGCAGCACCUCAAUUGAGCACCUUGCUGAGUUAAGUGAACAAUUGUUGGAUGGUGAAGGGCCCAGAACUGAAAGCGAGAGUGAACUGAGUCCCAGGCCUAAUGGGGACACUGAGUGUGAAAUGUGUGACACAUCCUGCUACAGCCCAUCCUGUUACAGCACUUCCUGUUAUAGCACUUCCUGCUACAGCACAUCAUGUUACAGCACUUCUGGUCAGGACAGUACCAAUAGGUUCUCAAGCCAUACCCGUUUCUCCUCUGUUGACAGUGCAAAAAUUUCCGAGAGCACAGUUUUUUCUUCACAGGAUGAUGAGGAAGAGGAAAACAGCGCUUUUGAGUCAGUGCCAGACUCGGUGCAAAGCCCCGAGCUGGACAGGGAGCAGAUGGAUGGCUCCACGCACUGGCCUGAGGAAAUGAUAGCUCGUGGAACGAAUCUGCAGAGAACAACAGAAAAUGUAGAGCUUCCAGUGGCAGGUCCCAGCAACAGAAGAGAAGGUGAUUGCCCUUUACUCCAUAAUUCUCAGCCUAUCAACCAGCUUCCUUCCCUGAGGCCUGACCACCAUCAGUACCCAACCAUUGAUGAACCUCUUCCGCCAAAUUGGGAAGCUCGAAUAGACAGCCAUGGAAGGGUGUUCUAUGUUGAUCAUGUGAAUCGAACCACAACUUGGCAGCGUCCAACUGCGGCAGCUACUCCAGAUGGGAUACGUAGAUCAGGCUCAAUACAACAAAUGGAGCAACUCAAUCGACGGUACCAAAAUAUUCAGCGGACUAUUGCAACAGAAAGGACAGAAGAGGACACUGUUGUCAGCAAUAGGGUGGAGAGGAUCCCUCCUGGAGGAGGCAGUGAUUCUGAGGCGGAUCCUUCACCACCAAAUUCAGAAAUUAGAAGAGAUAUACCAGUUUCACCUGUGAAUUCACAGAAAAUCACUUUGUUGCUGCAGUCUCCAGCUGUAAAAUUCAUCACCAAUCCAGAAUUCUUCACGGUGCUGCAUGCAAACUAUAGUGCCUAUCGAGUUUUCACCAACAGCACCUGCUUGAAGCAUAUGAUUCUGAAGAUCCGCAGAGAUGCUAGGAAUUUUGAGCGGUAUCAGCACAACAGGGAUCUAGUAAAUUUCAUCAACAUGUUUGCUGACACACGGCUGGAACUUCCUCGGGGCUGGGAGAUCAAAACUGACCAGCAAGGCAAGUCCUUCUUUGUUGACCACAACAGCCGUGCUACCACUUUCAUUGAUCCCAGGAUCCCACUUCAGAAUGGCCGCCUGCCCAAUCAUUUAACUCACAGACAGCACCUUCAGCGUCUUCGUAGUUACAGUGCUGGAGAGGCAUCAGAUGUCUCUCGCAACAGAGGAGUUUCUCUGUUGACCCGACCAGGGAACAGCUUGGUAACAGCAAUUCGAAAUCAGCACCAUCAUGAAUCUUUGCCUCUGGGUAUGUAUUUCAAUAAGCCUAUCACAUAUAAUGACAAAAUCGUUGCAUUUCUACGCCAGCCCAACAUUUUUGAAAUGCUGCAGGAGCGUCAGCCAAGUCUGGCAAGAAACCAUGCACUCAGGGAGAAAAUCCACUACAUCCGGACAGAGGGUACACAUGGUCUUGAAAAGUUGUCCUGUGAUGCAGAUUUAGUAAUACUACUGAGCCUUUUUGAAGAAGAUGUUAUGUCCUACAUACCCCUUCAAGCCGCUUUCCAUCCUGGUUACAGCUUUUCCCCUCGCUGUUCACCUUGUUCAUCACCUCAGAAUUCUCCAGGCCUUCAGCGUGCCAGUGCAAGAGCACCCUCUCCCUACAGAAGAGAUUUUGAAGCCAAGCUCCGCAAUUUUUACAGAAAACUAGAAGCCAAAGGAUAUGGCCAAGGUCCAGGUAAAAUUAAGUUGAUAAUAAGGCGGGAUCACCUUCUAGAAGGCACUUUCAAUCAGGUGAUGGCCUACUCACGAAAGGAGCUCCAAAGAAAUAAACUCUAUGUCACAUUCGUUGGAGAAGAAGGCUUGGAUUACAGUGGUCCAUCCAGAGAAUUCUUCUUCCUUCUAUCUCAGGAGCUCUUCAAUCCAUACUAUGGCCUAUUUGAGUAUUCUGCCAAUGACACAUACACUGUACAGAUUAGCCCCAUGUCAGCAUUUGUAGAAAACCACCUGGAAUGGUUUCGGUUUAAGUGGUUCGUAUCCUUGGCCUUGCUCGUUAUUCACCAGUACCUUCUUGAUGCUUUCUUUCACAAGGCAGUCACAAAGCAUUUGUUAAGGCUCCCUGGUGCUAAACCUCAUGUGUUGGAGGCAGCCAUAGGAGCUGUGUGUGGGGAAGAAGCAAAUCAAGUAACAGAACGGGAGUUGAAAUCUGGGGGUGCAAAUACACAGGUGACUGAAAAGAACAAGAAAGAAUAUAUUGAAAGAAUGGUGAAGUGGAGAGUGGAAAGAGGGGUUGUUCAGCAAACAGAGGCUCUAGUCCGUGGCUUCUACGAAGUUGUAGACUCAAGGCUUGUCUCUGUGUUUGAUGCUAGAGAACUAGAAUUGGUUAUAGCCGGAACAGCUGAAAUAGACCUUAAUGACUGGCGCAAUAACACAGAAUAUCGGGGUGGUUACCAUGAUGGACAUAUCGUAAUACGGUGGUUCUGGGCAGCAGUAGAGAGAUUCAACAAUGAACAAAGGCUACGGUUACUGCAGUUUGUCACUGGGACUUCUAGUGUACCAUAUGAGGGUUUUGCAGCCCUUCGAGGAAGCAAUGGGUUACGGCGCUUCUGUAUAGAGAAAUGGGGCAAAAUAACAUCCCUUCCAAGGGCGCACACAUGUUUCAAUCGCUUGGAUCUUCCACCCUACCCAUCAUAUUCUAUGCUAUAUGAAAAGCUGUUGACAGCUGUUGAAGAAACUAGCACUUUUGGACUGGAAUGAGAAAAUUCAGGCUUUUCAAGAGUUUUUCUGGUCAGUGACAUCACUCCCUACCCUGCUGCCAUAUGAUUUUGGUUUUCUAUGUUUUGAUUUUUUGGGGGGGAAUCAGGAUUGACAAAAGCUGUGCAUGAAGAACAGCCUUCCUUUAAGAACUAACCUUCAUGCGUUCAUAUUUGGUUUUGAAUGGACAACUAGCCUGUAUGCAAUAUAAAAACAACAGUCUCAAGGUCUCUAUGUAUCUCCACAUACCUCCAUUAGUAAUAAUGAAAAUAUGAAUGCAAGUUAUGCUACACUUGACCAAAUGUUAAUAACUGUUUACGUCCACUUACGUUGAUUACAAAAAAUGAAGCAUUCCAAGCUUUUAUAUGCCCAUCUCUUCUGAAUUAAACCCCACAGUUCAUCUUGCGUCUUAACAGCUGCAUCCACUACUGGAAUUGAUCAAGGAUCUCCUUCAUCCACCCUUGAUUUUCUUGUACAAAUUGUGCACAGGUGAGGGACACUUAUGAGCAAACCUGAAUUUUUAUACACAGACUCAUAAUCCAAAUCGACUACAGCAGCUGGAGCUGGGCCAGACAUGUGGUACAGACAUACAAAACAAAACGAACUUGUAAUGCAAUGCAGCGUGUCACUGAUGGUUAACAAUUGUUAAUUGCCAACACUGGGAAGAAUUGCACUUCAGAGCUAUUGAAGCACGGAUGGAAGAUAAUGUUUGUUAUAAAAAGCACAUAUUUGUGCAUUCAAGAAGGAUGUCUUAUUAUGUAGCAUAACAGACAACAUCGCCUUUCCUAAUUAUUGUACAUAACAAAAAUAACAGGAAGAAUAUUCUCUUCUUAAUAUCUUCUGGUCCCACUUACUGUUUUUUGUUUGUUUGUUUGUUUGUUUGUUUUUUGGUGUUAAAUCACUUCCUUACAGAAAUAUAGACAAUCCUGCACCAUGUAUUGAAAGCCAUUAAUUAUUUAACACACACUGAUUGACACAGAGUUGUGUUUUUGUUUCAUUUUUCUUCAGUCUUAAAUACCCAACGAUGGCAGAAUUGGUUCUACACAAAAACAUACAACCAAAGUUAAAUUAUGUGUGAAGCUGCAGAGAAUUAUAAUGUUGAAAUAGUAUCAAUGACAAUAUUAUUUGUAUAGCUAUUUGCUAAACAUCUGAACUAGUUCCUAAAGCCUCUUUGGUCUACCUAGCAUGUUAGUUAAUAGUGAAUGGAAGAUUCUGGCCUAAAUCUAACCAGGGCAAACAACAAAAUGGCUUCGCUUUGUGGAUUUCAGUUUCCUUUGACAAAAUCAGAAAAGAAUAACACACUGGAACAUGCAUGCUCUGAUGAGGACUGCUGAAACUAACUUCGGGGAGUCAGUAUUAUUUUCUUCAUUUGAAUUGUUCUAAUUUUUCUGGCCUACUUUGAGAAUAAGGCUGUUCGUUGCAUAGAAUUGGGUUACUUGUGUAUUUUAUCUACAUCAGAAAUGGUUCUUAUUUCUACAAGCAUAUCUUAAAGUAAUCAAAUGGCUUAUUUGCAUAUCUGGUCAAAUUAUCAUUAAGCAUCAAAGAGGGAGGUCAGUUAAAUAUUUUAUCUGAAAAAAAGACCUCUCCCCCCCUUUUACUAUAUACCUAGGCUAAGUCAGGGAGUUGUCUUAUGCUUGAAUGGUGUCUCUCCCUUUCUCUCACUAUGGUGAGAGAAGUUAAUUGCUGGUAUGUGCCUGUCCUUAACUUCUGAGUAUGGCGAGGGGAAUGGACAAGUGCAAGGAGCAUGAAAGAGACUGGUGCACAUGAGCCUGAAUUCAGCUCCUCCUCUCAUCAGAGCUAGAUCAAGGGACUGAAGAAUAGCCCUGGAGAAUUCUGGCAGAUACAGCUACACUUGAAGAUUUUGUGUGUUUAGAAAAUCAAACUUCCCUUAGGAAGAGUCUCACCCAAAUAAGGAAGACAGGUAAUAGCUAUUAAGACAGACCAGCCUAAAAUAGUGUAUUUUUUU